AUGCAGUUUUUAGAUACACCUACCCCAGUAUCUUCAUUGGGCGGGAAACUACUGGUCAUCCUAUGGGUGCACAAGUUCAACGAUCUCCUCAAGCAAGUCAUCAUGGCUGCUGUGAUUAAGCCCAUCGAUGUGCGAAGUAUUCAUCUGAUUCAAUCCGGCCAAGUCAUUGUAGACCUCUGUUCAGUUGCGAAAGAGCUUGUGGAGAACAGCAUUGACUCCGGUGCAAAUGUCAUAGAUGUUCGCUUUAAGAACCAGGGCCUCGAUCUCGUUGAGAUUCAAGAUAAUGGGUGCGGCAUCUCGCCGGCUAAUUAUUCAUUCAUUGCUCUGAAACACUAUACGUCAAAACUCUCAUCGUACUCGGACAUUUCGUCCUUGCAGACGUUUGGAUUUCGAGGAGAAGCUUUAGCGUCACUAUGUGCUUUAUCAACACUUACCCUCACUACAUGCCUUGAAUCAGACGUCCCGAAAGGUUCUAAGCUGACCUUUGCAGCUUCAGGGAAGCUGAUCAACAGAGAAGUUGUAGCGGCUCCGCGAGGGACCAUUGUAACCGUCGAGAAGCUAUUUCACAAUCUACCUGUGCGACGUCGAGAGCUAGAACGCAACAUAAAGAGAGAGUGGCACAAAGUCAUUGCUUUGCUCAAUCAGUAUGCCUGUAUACAGACGAAUGUCAAGUUCUCAGUCUCACAGCAGCCUACCAAAGGCAAGCGCAUACUUUUAUUCUCCACCAAGGGAAAUGCGACUACGCGCGAAAAUAUUAUCAACGUCUUUGGUUCCAAAGCUAUAUCUGCGCUAUUGUCACUGGAUCUUCUUCUAGAAUUGCGGCCAUCGGAAGCUGCGGCAGACUCUCAGACUAACGAAAAGCGAAAUGCAUCUCUGAGACAGGUUCAUAUCUGUGGACAUGUCUCGCGGCCUAUAAAUGGGGAUGGUAGGCAAACACCGGAUCGACAAAUGUUUUUCGUCAACGGCCGACCUUGCGGACUACCACAGUUUGUCAAGGUCUUCAACGAAGUAUACAAAUCCUAUAACGUCUCCCAGUCGCCUUUUAUAUUCGUCAAUAUCAAACUCGAUCCGAACAUGUAUGACGUGAACGUCAGCCCGGACAAAAGAAGUAUUUUGCUUCAUGAUCAAGGCCUUCUUCUGAAUACUCUACGCUCAUCCCUGGUGGAGCUCUUUGACACUCAAGAUCAUCGGAUCCCCACGACUCAGAUUUCGGCUCCACAGCCCCUAAGUUGUACACAAUCAUCAGCUCCAUCCAUUGCACAUGGCAGCUCAUUGCUGGCUGUGGAACAGGAAUCCGCAGCCAUUUCUCGAGGCGGAUUGAUAUCAAUGCCAGAGUCUGAAAAAGAGGAUGCCGUUUCAUGUCAUCCGGACGAGGAUGAGAUGCCGAAUUUACAUCUUUCCAGGGAGGCACGGGCAUCCAGUGAUAAAAAACCUGGCAUUGCCAACCAGAAUUUUCUCAGUAAAUGGCUGCACCCCGACAGCGAACUUGCAGAGUCAUCAUUAUGCCUCAACCGGCAUACGAACGAACACUCUCAGCCUAGAUCAAUGGCGUCGGAUUCCCAGCUUAAGUGGAAGCGAACUAAUUCAGAUAGCACCCCGGAACCUCUUGCAGACCAUAGAAUGCAUACUGAUGAGACGACCCCAUCAGUCCAUACGGGUGUAAUGCGUGGGCGUCGGGUCCUUGCUACACAAAAUGACGAACCUCUGAAGUCUUCAUCCGCAUUGGGCAACAGUCAGUCACAAUCUUUGCCGGGUAAAAAGCUAGCUGAACCGGAAGGGCUGGACAAUGGUAUUCCGUUGGUAUCGUCAGACACACUUAAUACUUUAUUUGUUCCCUCCUUGGAGCACAGGAUGUUAUCAGAGUACGAAGAGAACACGGACGGCGCCAAAAGUCCGAUUUUAACGUCAGGAAUUCAGAAGACAGGUCAAGGGAUCUCUAUUGAGGACUCCAGUACCAUUCAAACACCUAGUCUGGGGGAAAACCCCGACAAAAUUGACGACAAAGGCCUCGGAGUCCGCAAGAAGUUUGCUACUUGUCACCUUAUGCAAGUUGUGCGAUCGACCGGGAAGGCCCUAGGCUCAAUCUCUAUUCCUUGCAGACGGUACUCGCAGCAAGAAGCGACAAGCGAAGUAGAAAGUACUGUAGCCGACAUCCAUUCAGCUGAUGCAGAGUCGAGAUUAUCUUUGAUCAUAGCAAGAGAUGACUUUGUCAAAAUGAGAGUAGUGGGGCAAUUCAACUUGGGUUUCAUAAUCGCAAUCCUUCCAAAAUAUCGAGACGUUAUAGAACACGAUGAGCUCUUGAUCAUAGAUCAACACGCCUCAGACGAGAAGUUCAAUUUCGAAAAGUUACAGAAAAAUACGACCGUGCAGUCGCAACGAUUAGUCCAUCCCAAAAUACUCGCAUUAACGGCCCUGGAAGAAGAAAUUGUGCUUGAAAACCUGGAAGCUCUGGAAGCAAAUGGCUUCAAAGUGCAAGUUGACUCCACAGGUGAUGCUCCAGUUGGCUCUCGCUGCAAACUGCUGGCGCUGCCCUUAAGUCGCGAAACUACUUUCAGUCUCCAGGACCUUGAAGAGCUCAUUUCACUCUUGGCAGAUACCCCUGUUGGCUCAGCGCACGUUCCUCGACCAACGAGGGUGCGCAAGAUGUUUGCCAUGAGAGCCUGUCGCAGCAGCAUCAUGAUUGGCAAGGCGUUAAGUGUUGACCAGAUGUAUGUUCUGCUGAGACAUAUGGGUGAAUUAGACAAACCAUGGAAUUGCCCACACGGUCGGCCCACCAUGCGACAUCUUUGCCGUCUACAGGCUUGGGAUGGAGCAAGGUGGACAGCCGACUUACCAGGCAACUAUUCAUCGAUUGCAUCCUGGUUCACCUAUACACAUACGACAAAUGGUUGA